GGAGCUGUUCUCUCCCUCCCAGAAGUACCAGCUCCUUGUGUACCAUGCAGACUCCCUGUUCCACGACAAGGAGUACAGGAAUGCUGUCAGCAAGUACACCAUGGCCUUACAGCAGAAAAAAGCCUUAAGUAAAACCUCCAAAGUCAGGCCUUCCACUGGGAAUGCUGCAUCAACACCCCAGAGCCAGUGUUUACCGUCAGAAAUUGAAGUGAAAUACAAAAUGGCUGAAUGUUACACAAUGCUGAAGCAAGAUAAAGAUGCCAUUGCUAUUCUUGACGGGAUUCCUUCCAGGCAGAGAACUCCAAAGAUCAACAUGAUGCUGGCAAACCUGUACAAGAAGGCGGGCCAGGAGCGCUCCUCGGUGACGAGCUACAAGGAGGUGCUGAGGCAGUGUCCCUUGGCCCUGGAUGCCAUCCUGGGUUUGCUGUCGCUGUCAGUGAAGGGAGCAGAAGUGGCCUCCAUGACCAUCAACAUCAUCCAGAGCAUUCCCAACCUGGACUGGCUCUCAGUGUGGAUCAAGGCUUACGCCUUUGUGCAUACUGGAGACAACACCAGAGCAAUAAACACCAUUUGCUCUUUAGAGAAGAAGUCAUUGCUGAGGGAUAAUGUGGACUUGCUGGGGAGCUUAGCAGAUCUGUACUUCAGAGCUGGAGAUAAUAAAAACUCUAUCCUGAAAUUUGAACAAGCACAAAUGCUGGAUCCUUACCUCAUAAAAGGAAUGGAUGUUUAUGGUUAUUUAUUGGCACGGGAGGGUCGGCUGGAGGAUGUGGAGAACUUGGGCUGCCGGCUCUUCAACAUUUCUGACCAGCAUGCAGAGCCCUGGGUGGUGUCUGGGUGUCACAGUUUCUACAGCAAACGCUACUCCCGUGCCUUGUACCUGGGAGCCAAAGCCAUCCAGCUGAACAGCAACAGUGUGCAGGCUCUGCUGCUGAAGGGAGCUGCCCUGAGGAACAUGGGCCGCGUGCAGGAGGCCAUCAUCCACUUCAGGGAGGCCAUCAGGCUGGCGCCCUGCCGCCUGGACUGCUACGAGGGUCUCAUCGAGUGUUACCUGGCAUCCAACAGCAUCCGUGAGGCCAUGGUGAUGGCAAACAACGUGUACAAAACCCUGGGGGCAAACGCACAGACCCUCACCCUGCUGGCCACAGUCUGCCUGGAGGACCCAGUCACGCAGGAGAAGGCAAAAACAUUGCUGGACAAAGCUCUCACACAAAGACCUGACUACAUUAAAGCUGUGGUAAAGAAAGCAGAACUUCUCAGCAGAGAGCAGAAGUACGAGGAUGGCAUUGCCCUGCUGAGGAAUGCCCUGGCCAACCAGAGCGACUGCGUCCUGCACCGCAUCCUGGGCGACUUCCUGGUGGCCGUCAACGAGUACCAGGAGGCCAUGGACCAGUACAGCAUUGCCCUGAGUUUGGAUCCAAACGAUCAGAAGUCACUGGAAGGAUUGCAGAAAAUGGAGAAAGAGGAGAGUCCAACAGAUGCCACCCAGGAGGAGGACGUGGAUGACAUGGAGGGCAGUGGAGAAGAGGGGGACCUGGAGGGCAGUGACAGUGAAGCAGCUCAGUGGGCAGAUCAGGAGCAGUGGUUUGGGAUGCAGUAAAAGCCUCCUGCUGCUGCUUCUGGCACUGGAACAACCACUAGGGCCACUCUUCUCAGAAGAGCAGAAACUAUGGGGUUUUUCAGUAAUAAAGGACUUUUUUUUGUUUUAAUAGACUCUGAAACCAAUUAAUAGUUCUGUGCAUCUCAAUACUGUGGAGAUUCUUGAUGCUUCUUAUUUAUUAAGUGUACAGGACUAACUGCAUCCAAGGCUAUUUACAACUUCCAUUUUGAAAAAUUCCUGCUAGAACUCAAACCAUCAGAAUCUGAGGUGUGUAAUGAGCCUUUUGUUUGUGAUGAAGACAAUGAGUUCUGUCCAGGGCUGAGUGCUUGGGCAAGGUGUAAAUGCAGUGGUUUGUAAGGCCUUGCCCAUGUGUGUGCAGCCAUUGGAGCCUGGGGGAGCCACUGGAGUGUGGCUGAAAGCAGCACUUUCCUUUUGCUGUGUUUGUUGAGUUCAUUUGUCUUUUUCUAGGGCAUUACCUGUGCUGUCCAGGAUACAUUUGGGACAGUAGGCAACCUGGACUUGUUGGACACUUUUUGUAGCUGAUUUCUCUGUGUACAGAAUUGAGCCAGUGGUGGAGAAUUAAAGUUAUUUCCUCAACCCUUACUAACCCUGCAAUCACUUGAAGUCUGUACAUGAGCAUUUAUUUUAAAAUGCAGUUUAGUUUUAUUUCAGUAUGUUCCUGGAAGGUUUUGCAGCAGUGACUCAAAGCACUUUACAUUCUGUGUACAGCACUGACAUUUAAAAUGCUAUAAAAAGAAUUAAUCCCUCUUCCCUUGCACUGCUGGAGAAAUGUUAAAUUAUGCAAAUACACAUAUUGUCCUGCUUUUUCCAUGUUUAUAUACUUCCUGGCUUUGUCAGGUAAUUUUUGAAUUCAUGUCUUUUUCCCUCACCUUUUAAAACAAAUUUGCUUCAUGUACAAAUUUCCAACCUGAGCAUUUCAAGGGUGAACUGCUUUGGGUAAUCUAGAAACUGUUUCAGUUCUGUGGGCUUGAUGUGUGGGAAGAGGAAUUACUUAUUUUUCUUACAGUUCUGAUUUCCUUAGUCUUUACCAAAAUGUGGUUUUAUAAUCUUUGUAUUGAGAGUUUAAUUCCUUGUGUAUUUAUUUUGUUACCACAGGUAUGCUGGAGCACCCAGACUUUUUAGACAGCUAAAAAAAAUAGUUUUGAGUAUCAGUUGGAGGAGAAAUGGCUUUGUUACAAACACAUGGCAUGGAAAAGAAGCUUCUCCCUGAAAGGCAGAUAAGGGUAAAAGAUCCCUCUGUGAUGUUGUAUCAAAAAUGCACAACAAAAGAGGCAGAUUAUUGUCUGGUUUGGAAAUGUUCUGGUGUGUCAUGGCCUACAGAGGAGGAGACCAAUAGUUCAUCCAUUUAAGCAAAGAAAACAGCUGCUUGUGUGUUCUCCCUGGAA